GGGGGCGGCGGGAGGAGGAGCGGGAGGCGGAGGAGGCGGAGGAGGCAGGGCCGCCCCGCGCCCCGCGCCCCGCGCCCGCCCGCAGCUCGCGGCCCGGCGCCGCGGCUCCGAGUCCCUGUGCGUGUCCGCCUCGGGGCCCUCUCCGCGCGUCCCUGCCUCUGCGCAUCCCCCCGGCCCCAACCCCGUCCCUGUGUCCCUCGAGUCUCAGGGACUCCCCGUGCCCGUCCUCUGGGUCUCUGUCCCCCCCCGCCCCGCCCUCACCCCCAGGGACCCCAGGCAUCUCUCCCUACCCCGCGCCCGCCCCGGCGCCCCCUCCCCAGGACGCCGCGCGGCCAUGGCUGCGGGAUCCGAACUUUGAACACUUCUCCCGGACCGGAGCGGAUGCGCAAAGCCCGCAAAGGCCGGCUCCGCCAUGGACUGUAGCUGCGUCUCCGACCUGCUCUUCGCCCCGCCCGCCCUGCCGGCUCUCUGGACCCCCGGGUUCGCCUUCCCGGACUGGGCCUACAAGCCGGAGUCGUCCCCUGGCUCGAGGCAGAUCCAGCUGUGGCACUUCAUCCUGGAGCUGCUGCAGAAGGAGGAGUACCAGGGCGUCAUCGCCUGGCAGGGAGACUACGGGGAGUUCGUCAUCAAGGACCCGGACGAGGUGGCCCGGCUCUGGGGCAUCCGCAAGUGCAAGCCGCACAUGAAUUACGACAAGCUGAGCCGGGCCCUGCGCUACUACUACAACAAGCGCAUCCUCCACAAGACCAAGGGGAAGAGGUUCACCUACAAGUUCAACUUCAGCAAAGUCGUGCUCGUCAAUUACCCACUGCUGGAUGUGGCCGCGGCUGCCACCGGAUCCCCACUCCUGCUGACCCCCGGUCCCUUUGGAGGGACCCCCGGGCCAGAUGCUCCCCCCCUCACCCCUGAGACCCUGCAGACCCUGUUCUCUGCCCCACGCCUGGGAGAGCCGGGGGCCCGGACGCCCCUGUUCACCCCCGAGACGGACAAGCUGCGUCUGGACAGCCCUUUCCCGUUCCUGGGCUCUGGUGCCACCGGCUAUUCCAAGCCCCCCGGCCUGCUGGGCCCCUACGGCCGCGCCUUUCCUGAGUACCCCUGGAACUUUAACCCAUACCUCGCGGGCCCUUUCCCCAAACUGCCGCCGUCUCUAUACCCCCCGCACUUCUACCCCAACCCUCUGGCCACUUCCCUGGGCCACCUGCCCUCGGCAGGGGCAGGCGCGGGCGGAGGCCCGGCAGCCGCGCCCCUGCUGGCUGCCACAGGGGAGAGCCUGGGUCCCGAGCGUCCCUCAGGCCUGGCAGCGGCCCCCCGCCUGGCGCUGCCAGGGGCCGGGGGUCCAGAGGGGGGGCUGGGCGGGAAGGAGGACAGCGACUCGGAGCUGGAGAUCACAGACGUCAGCGGCUGCAGCUCCGACAGCGAGGGCGACGAGGGCCUCCCGGCGCCCCCCAAGGCCAAGGCAGGCAAAGGGGGUGCUGGCAGCUGAGCAGGCGCAGGCCGACGGAUUCUGCGAGGCGGGGACCUGGACGGCUGCACCUGCAGCCUGUUCUGUUUGCUGUGUCCUCGAUGCCCACCAAGGCCCAGGCCCCGGGCUGGGCCCGUCGCCGCCCCAGUCUCCUUCCCCAGCCCCCUGCAGAGGGGAGGGAGCAGGACGGCCUCCAGCCCUCUCCCCAGGCUCCACAGUUGGAGGGGGUCCCCGCCUGGCCCUGCUCCCCAAGUGCAAUACGGCGCUCAGCCUCCCCGUCCUCCCCGUGCUGUGACCCGCGUGCUUGUGUAGCCGUGUCUCUGACCCCCUGUGCCCACCCGAGUCCUCACCCUUCCCGACAGGCCUCCCUGGGGCAGGGAGCUCAGAGCAAUAACCCCGCCCCCAGCCCCGGCCCAGGAGGGGCCCCCUCCCCACCAGCUGCCCACGAACCCCUACAGCCACCUCCAGAGAGUUUACUACAAAAAUAAAAGACGAGUGAGA